CCCGGGCUGGGUGACAGCGGCCAGCGCACAGCGAUGUCGCUGCUGGCGCGGCGCGGCCCGGCACGGCGGUGCGCGGGGGUGAGUGACCCCGGCCGGCCAAGGAUGAUUACGAACACGCGGGGCUUCCUGUGGUCGGAUCUGGAGACGCGGGCGCUGCUGGAGAUCUGGGGCGAGGCGGACGUGCAGUCGGCGCUGGACGGCAACUUUCGGAACAGCCAUGUGUACCGGGACGUGGCGUGCCGCCUGGCCGAGCUGGGCUUCGAGCGCACCCCCGAGCAGUGCCGCAUCCGCAUCAAGGGCCUCAAGCGGCAGUACUACCAGGCCCGGGACGGGCUAAAGAAGAACGGGCACGCCCGCAAGAUAUGCAAGUACUACGACGAGAUGGACCGGAUCCUCAGCUGCCGGGGGGGCCCCGACGGCGCCCCCGAGGCGCUGGCCCCGCCGCCCGACGGCGCCCAGCCGCCCGCGGGGCCGCUCGCCGCGCCGCCCACGCCGGGCACACCGCACAACAGCCGCGAGCUGGACGCCGAGCUGGACGAGGACGCCGGGCCGGAGUCCCCCCGCGACAACUUCACCGAGGAUUCCGGCGAGUGCUCUUCGUACGCCGACCACCCCAUCAAGGUGGAGUGCCCGUCCUUCGCCAUCCCCGUGCCACCGGGUGACGGCUUUAAAGAAGUCAAUGCUCCAACUAUUACCCCACCUCUCAAUCAGCCCAAAAGGUCAAAAAAACGCCAUACAAAUUUGACAUUGGAUAAAAUGAUGGAAAAAUUCCUGCAGCAGAGCAUGGAUACAGAUGAGAAAUUUUACAGAUUCGAAGAGCAGAGGCUCAAAAUUGAGGACAAGCGUCGGGAAGCUGAGCAUGCUCGAGAACUCCAGAUGUUACAGAUGUUGGGACAGAUGUUGGCUGGAAUUUCUUCUACCGUAUCACAAAGGUCACAGUCUAUACCAGCAAGUCCGCCUCGGAGAGCGAACCAUCGUUCAUAUGCGGAUAACUUUAAUUAUAAUGCUAUGACAACAACACUUUCUCCACCGAUAGUUAUAGAGAGAUCUUUUUCACUGCACAGAACACACACUCUGAAGGAUAUGGAGAAUAUUUUUCAGCUGGUGCGCAAUGUUAUCCCUCCUCUAACAGGGAAAAAGCAUAAAGGUCAAGAUGGUCGUAUAGGCAUUGUUGGAGGAUGUCGAGAAUACACUGGAGCACCAUACUUUGCUGCAAUUACAGCUCUCAAAGUGGGUGCAGAUUUAUCCCAUGUGUUUUGUACCAAAGAUGCAGCAACAGUAAUCAAAUCAUAUAGUCCAGAGCUGAUUGUUCAUCCAGUUCUUGAUAGUCCCAAUGCUAUCCAUGAGGUGGAAAAGUGGUUACCACGGCUGCACUCGGUUGUCAUAGGACCUGGCUUAGGUAGAGAUGAAGUUCUGCUUGAGAACGCUAAGGGUAUUAUAGAGAAGUCAAAACUGAAAGGAAUUCCUAUCAUUAUUGAUGCAGAUGGACUGUGGCUCAUUUCCCAACAGCCUUCUCUUAUUCAAGGCUACCAGCGAGCUAUUCUUACUCCAAACUAUAUGGAGUUCAGUAGACUGUAUGAAGCCAUGCUUAGAGACCCCGUAGACAGUAGUGAUCACCAUGGAUGUGUAUUGAGACUCAGCCAAGCCAUGGGGAAUUUGACAGUUGUGCAAAAGGGAGAAAGAGAUCUUAUUUCAGAUGGAGAGAAGGUACUUGUGUGCAGUCACGAAGGAAGCAGCCGGAGAUGUGGUGGACAGGGGGACCUCCUUUCUGGUUCUCUUGGAGUCAUGGCACACUGGGCAUUUGUUGCUGGAGCUGAAAAAACAAAUGGUCAAAAUCCCUUUCUUGUGGCUGCAUUUGGAGCUUGCUCUCUCACAAGGCAGUCUAACCACCAAGCCUUUCAGAAAUUUGGACGUUCAAUGACAGCCUCUGACAUGAUUUCAGAAGUUGGAACAGCUUUUAACAAACUUUUUGAAACCUGAAGCCAAAGCUGCAGAGAAGAAGGAAGAACAAUGACUGCAAGAGUAAUUAUGUGUACCGUAGAAUUUACAUAAUGCACCCUUUCAAGUGCUGUAGCAGCAUUGGUAUGUUAGGUAGAUAUUUUUUAUUUUUAAGAAUAGAAAAAUAUGAUUAAUGUAGAUAUUUUUUAAGAGUUUGGAAUACAAAAAUGUUUUGGCUGAAAUAAGCUGUAGCUGCAGAACUGUUAUAAUAUAAUAAAACUAAACUGAAAAUAUUCCUCUGUUCUUUUUGAUAGUUAUUGAGCAAUAACUAAAGUGUGAACAGCAAAAAAAAAUGCACUUGAUAAUGUAGAUAAAAUUCUUCCACCAGCUCAACUGAAUUUCUUGGAUUUCACCAAGGUUGUCACUUGUCAUUAUUAGAACCUCUGUCUAGAAUUAGCUAUUGCACUUCAUGUUUUGCCAUGCUAGUAUAGUAAGAAGCAAAAAAUAAGCCUCAUUGGAAAGGGAAUGCAUGAGAGUUGCUGUAGAUUUUGAAUGUAAUUAGUUGCCUUUUCCCAUUCCCGGUCCCAGAGGCAGCAUUCAUUAGGACAAGGCAUCCCUUCGUGUAAUGUCUUCUUAUUUUUUUUUAAAAGGUUCCUCCUUGGCAGAAUAAAGAUAUGCUAUAGGAAUCUUAGCAGUAAAAUUCAUUAAACAAUAAUUAGGCUUAUCUGAAAAAUAGUAAAUUUGUUUGUUUAUCUGGUCUUGACUCAGUAUGAUGAACUUUUGAAAUUGUCAUUCGGAGAGGUACUAGGCGGGGCAAGAAACUCGGUGAGAGCCAGCAGAGCUGGUUCAGCUCUCAGUGAUCAUGGAAGAGUGAAGUGCUUUUAAAACUCCAGUUGCCUGCUGGGUCGGAGCUCAGAGCAGCCCAGCACACAGAGCUGUAGGUGCACAGCGAUGAGCCAGCAGGAGUUCAAGCUGAAGGAACAAAAGGCAGCCCAGAGCUCGUACCUGUACCUUCACAGCAGAGCGCACACAGCGUACACUGCAAGUCAAAGGCAGGAACAGAAAUAGGGUGGUUGGUGUUUGAGCUUCAGGUGCAGUACUGCAAUAAGCAAGAGUUCUUAGAGCAAAAAGCAUAGAGGCUUUUACUUGAUCUCUGCAGGACAGACACAAUGUCAGGGCCACACUGACCUGGUGCGCUGGCAGAGCAGGCAAACGUUAGGUGUAAAGCAGAACUUCUGUGGGAUUUUGCACAGGACCAUUCCUUAAAUUUUUGGAGAUCUAGCCAAAGCUUGUAGGGAUUGAACCAGAGUGGAGAGGGAGGCAAGUUCAUGCAAAGUAAAUUUAAAUGGGUACUGCCCUUGAACCUCCACUCCAGCUCCAAGUGUUCCUGCUCAUUAAAGCCUGGAACAAUCACAUAACGCAUCCGGUUAUUGCAGUAGAUGUCACCUGCUCAGCACAGCCACUCUUGUGGUGCUCUCAGCUGGAAUGUGGUCUCACAGACCAGUCACACUGUUCUCAUUCCUUGCAAUGGCUGCCUGCAGAAAGCACCUGUAAUCAGAAAGGCUACUCCAAGUAUUUCCCUUCAGUCCUCAGAGUUGGUAUUUCUGGACGCACUGUGACUACUACCUCACCCUGAUGCAUUUUUCUUUUUAAACCAGUUACCUAUUUUUAAAAUAGGUUUUUAAGUGUUUGCUUGUGUUGCUCUAUGAGGGUUCACAGACUACUCUUAAGAACUGAGGUUUUAGUGUUUAAGCACUUUUGUAAACUGUCUGCAUCUUUGGGGAAAGAAGCUAUCAUUUCCCCCUUUAAAUGUAUUUGAGAAACCUGACUACUUUUAAAUGAAAUCAGAAAGUUAAAACUGAUUUUAAAACAGCUACUGCCUUUAAAAUACAAUUUUUUCUUGUAAUUAUAAUAUCAGUGGUAUUAUAAUCAAAAUGUGACAUGUAGGCGAAGUCAAUCAAUUAAUAGAGCUCAGUACAGAUUUCAACCUGCCCUGUUGGUUUUAAAGCUACACAGUUGUAACUGUUAUUCACUAAUGUGUACCAAUUGUUACAAUUUUUAAACGUUCUGGAAAUUAGCAGUUUCUUUUGGUAGGAAAUAAAAAUAAUAGCAAAUUGA